CCGGACAGCGCGUUCAAGCUAAGGAAUCAAGAAAGACGGUGGGAACGAUUGGCCUAGGCAUUCUCACAAAGCGACUUCAUCGUCUCCCUUCGCGAUGAACGGCGUCACUCUCCCUGCUCACGAAUCGCAUCUCCCUUCCUCUAUGCUGGCUUCUCAAGACCCUCCUCAUGCCAAUGGCUCGACAUCGAAUGGUUCUAGUACGCCGAAGAUUAUGCUUCACGUUCCAAAACCUCCCUUACCGACUGUGCAUCCUUCGACACCUUCCGAGUCAUUGACACCUGCAUCCGAUGUAGCUUCAGGGGAUGAUGCUGAAGGUGAGGAGGAGUUGGACGAAGAGAGUGGUCUACCGUCAAAGAUCACCUCUCCAGCUGAUUCCGAUCUGUCAGAGGAAGAGACACGUCCAGACGAGGACUUUGCAGAUGAAGGCUUCUCAGAAGAAGACGAAGCUGUGGAUGAGGAAGAGGAGGACGAAGAUGACCUCGAUUUUGGGCAAACGAAGAAGAAGCCGAAAGCCAUCAAAGUCAAACCUCAAGGAUCUGGACCUCCGAAACGCAGAGCGGUGGGCUCCUUCCCAGUUCGUCGCGAGCGGUCCAUGUCAGCGGAGGAUGAUUACGCUGCCAAGUCACACAAGCGCAAAUUCUUCUCCAAAACAAAUGGCUCGAGUGGUCGAGAGACGCCAGAUUCCUCGUUUGCAGACGCAGACCCAUGGCGGAGAGGAGCGGCAAGAAAGGUUGUCACUUACGACGAGGCUAAAGCCGAUUAUGGGUUAGAAAGCGAAGAUGAAGAGGUGUACUACGCCGAGGCAGAAGGCCAACAAGAGAUGGAUGAGAUUGAUCUCGUUCUUGGCCAUUCCCGCGACGAAGAUCAUCUUGACGAUCCGGCCGAUCUGCCCCAGGAGAAUCUCCGAUUCCACAUCAAGUGGAAGCGGUAUUCCCACAUUCACAAUACAGAUGAGCUCUACUCAUUCUUAAAAUCAUACAAAGGCUUCAAACGUGUGGACAACUACAUCACAAAGGUCUGGACGGUCGAGCAGCAGUUCCGGCAUCCUGCACCAGAUGCGCCCUGGAAGCCGACAUCAGAGGAGUUGGAGCAAUUUGAGAUUGACAAGGAGCGAGUCAAGGAGCUUCAAGAGAGCUACAAGGUGGUGGAACGGAUCCUGGCCGAGAAGGAGGAAGACAGAGAUGGCGAGGUCGUCUCAAUGUUUUACUGCAAAUGGACAAAUCUCCAAUACAACGAAUGUACCUGGGAAGUCUACGAUGACAUCAAAGACAACGCCCAAGCUGAGAUCGAGGAAUUCCACGCUCGACAACAGCGGCACACCGUUCCCGCUCGCUCCAUACCUUACUCUAUACAUGCUCGACCAGCUUAUAACAAGAUCACCGAAGACCCGUCGUAUUUGACAUGUGGAGGAGCUCUGAAGCCGUUCCAGCUGACAGGUCUCAACUGGCUAGCCUAUCUUUGGAGUAAGGGGGAGAACGGCAUCUUAGCCGAUGAGAUGGGCCUCGGAAAGACUGUCCAAUCCGUAUCCUUCUUGUCCUAUCUUUUCCAUACGCAACGUCAAUAUGGUCCUUUCCUUGUCGUCGUGCCGCUCUCAACCCUGCCGGCGUGGCAAAUGCAGUUCGCCAAGUGGGCACCAGAUAUCAAUGUGAUUGCGUACAUGGGGUCUGGACCUUCACGCGAAGUCAUUCGAGAGUUUGAAUUCGGUCCUCUCAAGGCACUCAAGUUCAACGUCCUCUUGACUACGUACGAGUUCAUCCUCAAAGACAGGCAGGAUCUUGCACAGAUUAAAUGGCAGUGCCUGGCCGUGGACGAGGCUCAUCGACUCAAAAACCAUGAAAGUCAACUCUACGAAGCAUUGUCCAGCUUCAACUGCGCGUCUCGUUUACUCAUUACUGGCACCCCAUUACAGAACAAUGUCAAGGAACUGCUGGCUCUGAUGCACUUCCUGAUGCCUGAGAAAUUCCAAUUGGCGAACGACUUUGACUUGAACGACGUGGAUCAAGAGGCCAAAAUCAAAGAUCUACACGAGAAGCUGGGAACCCUCAUGCUGCGAAGAUUGAAGAAGGAUGUCAUCAAGGAGCUGCCUUCCAAGACUGAGAAGAUCUUGCGAGUCGAGAUGUCGGCGAUGCAGAUGCACUACUAUAAGAAUAUCCUCACGCGAAAUUAUUCCGUCCUCAGUCGUGGAGGAACCCAAUCGGUCAGCCUGAUGAACGUAGCCAUGGAGCUGAAAAAGGCAUCGAACCAUCCAUACCUGUUUGAGGGUGCAGAGGACCGUAAUAAACCCAUCAACGAAAUAUACAAGUCUCUCGUGAUGAAUUCUGGCAAAAUGGUCCUGCUCGAUAAGCUUUUGACGAGGCUCAAGGAGGACGGUCACAGGGUCUUGAUCUUUUCUCAGAUGGUCCGACUGUUGGACAUCAUUUCUGAUUACAUGUCAGCCAGGGGUCACGUCUUUCAACGGCUAGAUGGUACCGUCUCUUCGGACAUCCGUAAAAAGUCGAUCGAGCAUUUCAACGCCCCUGGUUCCCCUGACUUUGCCUUUUUGUUGUCGACACGCGCUGGAGGAUUGGGCAUCAAUCUCGAGACUGCGGAUACAGUCAUUAUCUUUGAUUCUGACUAUAACCCUCAAAAUGACCUGCAAGCCAUGGCUCGGGCACACCGUAUCGGCCAGCAACGUCACGUCAGUAUAUAUCGAUUCGUGACGAAAGGUACUAUUGAAGAGGACAUUCUCGAGCGAGCUAAGAGAAAGAUGAUACUGGAAUAUGCCAUCAUCAAUCAAAUGGACACCACUGGCGGCCAUAUCAAUGGCACGUCCACGCCCAAAGACAAGAAUGGCGAUUUCUCGAAGGACGAGCUCUCCGCCAUUCUCAAAUUUGGUGCUCAAAGCAUGUUCAAGACAGAUGACAAGGACCAGAGUCAAAAGCUUGACGAGAUGAAUCUGGACGAUAUUUUGACCAAGGCGGAUGCGUUCGACACUGAAUCUGCCGCGCAGCCUGGAGGGACAUCGCUCGGUGGGGAAGGAUUCUUGGCAUCGUUCGCUGCCAUUCAGGAUGUGAAGAACGACAUGGACGAGGUCAGUUGGGACGAUAUAAUUCCUGUCGAGGAGAGGAUCAAGAUGGACGAGGAGCAGAGUAGGGAGCUGCAAGCCCAGGAGGAAGCUGCACGAUCGAGAAAGCGCAAAGCCGCUCAGCAGCCUGGAGCGUAUGAAGGUAUGGACUAUGACGAUCAGGCAAGCGGCGCCGGCUCCACCAAGGAGAAGAAGAGUAGUAAAGGCGGGGGACAACCGAAAAAGUCUCCAGCACAGAAAUCUCUGGAGCUCAAAGAGAGAGACUACCGUGUCUUGAUUCGAGGUCUACAGAAAUGGGGAGAUAUUCGUAACCGAUACGAUUUGAUCGUCAAAGAGGCUCGGCUGGAAAACAAGAACAGGGUGCUCAUCACUCAGACCUGCGAAGACGUCAUCAUACAGGCAGAGGCUGCGGUCGCCGCUCACAAGGCCCACAUCCGAGAGCUGCAAGACAAGGGAGAACCUAUCACCUCGUCACUCCGUCAGAAGGCCAUCUUGUUCUCGUACAACUCUGUCGCCGGUCUGAACGCGGAGACAAUCGUGGCCAGACACUACGGGCUCAAGGCGGUCGUAGAGCAUUUCAAACGUGUCGAGGAUCCGGAAAAGUACAGCAUCCCGCAUGAGAGUCUCAAGCCCACACAGAACUGGACCGUCGACUGGACCGCCGAGGAUGACACCCACCUUCUCGUCGGCAUUUGGCGUCAUGGCUUUGGCACAUGGGAUCAGAUACAACAGGACCCCACUUUGCAUCUCGAGGACAAGAUAUUCAUGGAAGACCCCAAAACUAAAGCGGAAGGUGAUUCGAGUAAGGCCAAAGCGAAUAUUCCUGGCCCGAUCCAUCUAGUCCGACGUGGAGACUAUCUCUGUGGUAUUAUCAGAGAGUACGAAGAGAACCGUCGAAUGCUCAUCGAACAGCAAGCUGUAUUGGAUUCAAUGCCACCAAAGGAAGGCUUUGGCUUUGACAAUCCAUCGAUGCCGCUCCCCCUGGCUUCAUCGUCCAAGGUCAAGGCGAGUAGUCCCAUGACCAGUACGACGAGCGACAGACCCAAAGGCAAAGGCAAGGCCAAGCGACACAAGACGCCUGAAUAUACGAGCUCGGAGGAGGAUUCGGACUAUGCUUCGAUGGAUGAAGCUGCUGUCAAGGAGGCUCUUAGACCGGCGAAAAAGCAUCUCAAGAAGCUUAAGAGCGGUACAGAUGAUCUGAAUAGGGACGAAAAGAUCUCUGCGCUCAAGGAAUGCGUGGCGGGUAUUGGAGCGAGAAUAGACGAGGUGGUCGCUGGGAAGUCUGGUUCUGAAGCUGCGAAAUGGAGGAAACACUGUUGGGUCUUCGCAUCCUUCUUUUGGCCUCGUGAAGGCGUUCACUACUCAAAGCUCAUGGACAUACACAAGAAGCUCGUCAAUGAGACUUCCCCUGCGCCAACAAAAGGCAAGGCAAAAGUCAAGCGGGUGUCGGAGCCUAGUGACGCACCUCCUAAGAAGCGAGCGAGACCCAGCAAGCCAAAGGUCAAGAAAGAAGGCACAGAGGUGAAGAAAGAGGAUGACAAGCCGGAGACAGAGGAGAUGACAGAAGACACAAAGCCCAAUGCCAGUGGGGAGAAGGAAGAAGACGGCACGGAUUAGAUGUAGCUUUCCAUUUUGGAGUUCCUCAACACAUUGUCUCGAUGUGCAUGUACUCACUACCAAGUAUCGGCAUUUGUCAUGCUCAUCAAGUGAUGCCGGUGCGCCUUAAAAAGGUGCUGCGACGACGAGAGGAUCC